AUUCAGAGGCAAAUCUCUUAACCAUUCAGACAUCUGAACCAUUAAGAGGCUGAAACAAACAGUCUGAACCAUUAAGUGCUGAACCAUUCAGACAUCUGAACCAUUAAGAGGCUGAAACAAACAGCCCCUUAAUCAAUAAGAGGGAGUAAUAUAAUAUGGGAAGCCUCUCUCAUAGUCUCGACAAUUACUGGCCGGCAGAUUUUGAGGUUAUUCCAAACCCAGAAGUGAUCAACUACGACAAUAAUCCUCCUCCAUUUUUUCAAGAUGAUGAUCAUCUCAGUUUAUAUUUCUGUGAAGACUACUUUGGUUGGCCUGGCAUCGAAACAUUUCUCAACGAUCCCAUGUUGUCGUCCUCGUCGAUGCCGUCAUCGUAUUUCUUGGAUUGGGAGGACGAACACAAGGAAACAAACGCCAUUGUUGCAGCCGCCGGGAGCUGCGACGGCGUGGAGAAGCGGUCGGCGGCGGCGGCCAGUAAGAAGCCCAGAAGCAGACAUCAUCUUCGCGGUGGUAGCAAAGCUCAGACAUUGUCAAGAGAGACCAUAUCGAAGUACUUCAAUGUGCCGAUAUCGAAAGCCGCCAAAGAGAUGAAGGUCGGGCUGACGCACUUGAAGCGGAGGUGCCGGACGUUGGGCAUCCGCCGCUGGCCCCACCGCAAGCUCGCCAGCCUCCAAACGUUAAUCCACAAUGUCCAGGAGCUGGUGGGGAAAGGAGAAGCGGCGGGAAAGGAGGAGGCGGCGGUGGAGGUGCUGGAGAUGGAGAAGAAGAAGAUGGAAGAAAACCCAGACAUGGAACUUGACGAGACUACCAAAAGGUUGAGGCAAGCUUGUUUCAAGGCUAACUACAGACGGCGGAGGCUCCUCCAAGAAUUUGAUUAGCUAGAAUUAAACUGAUUGAUUUGA